GCUGCUCCUCUUCAUGCUUCUAGUCCUGCUUCUGGUUCUGGUGGCUCACGUCUACUGGACUCCAGUACCUGUUGGCAUCAAGGAGUCUUGGAAGCUGAGGCUGCUACAACUUCUCUGCUUUCUUGUCUUCGGCGGGGCCUUCCUGUUGGAGCGUGUGGGCGUGGGCCACAGCAUCACGUUGGUUGGAUGGUAUACCAGGAGCGUGGAGCGCAUCAUGAAAAACUUGACAUGCAGGCGGGACAAGAAGGACUUGAUGAGGGUCCGGGAUGUGACGUUCGAUGGCGUCCCCGUGCGUGUUUACGAGCCUGGCGCGGAGGGUGGUCUGAGGAGAGGCCUGCUCUACUUGCAUGGAGGAGGCUGGGCUUUGGGCAGCGCCAAAGAAGGUUCUUACCAUGAAAACAACAGAAUGACGGCCAAAAAGCUUAAUGCGGUUUUGGUCUCAGUGGAGUACCGUCUUUAUCCCGAGGCACAAUUUCCUACGCAAUAUCUGGACUGCCUCAAUGCCGCCAAGCACUUCCUGUCCCCAGAGGUGCUGGCAAAGUACGGCGUGGACCCGUGUCGUGUGGGCGUGUCCGGUGACAGCGCGGGGGGCAACCUGGCGGCAGCAGUUGCUCAAGAGAUUUCCAACGAUGACAACAUGAGCGUGAAGUUCAGCGUGCAGGCCUUGGUCUACCCGGCACUCCAAGCUGUGGACUUCAACACGCCAUCUUAUCGGCAGAACCAAGACAUGGUGUUGCUCUCUAGGCCGCUGAUGGUGGACUUCUGGCUGCAGUACCUCGGCCUGGACCGCUCCUUCAAGGACCACUUCCUGUCCAACCGCUACCAGGCCGCCAUCUUGCCGCAGCUCAGGGUGCGCGUCGACUGGACAGCCCUCCUGCCGCCAAAGUACAAGGACGGCUACGAGGUCGUUUCAUGGCACGGUCAAACACGGCACGAGAGCCGUGUGCCGUCAGUUCUGCAGGAUGUGCGUGCGGCGCCCCUGCUGGCGAGCUCGGCGGUGCUGGCCAGGUGCCCUCGUACGUACGUGGUGACUUGCGAGUACGACGUGCUGAGAGACGACGGGCUCAUGUACGUGCGCCGCUUAAAGGAUGCCGGCGUGGCGGUCACCAGCGAGCAUUACGAGGACGGCUUUCACGGCUGCUUUAGCCUCACCUUGUUUCCUUUCCGCUUUGACGUCGGAGCGAAGAUGCUUCGACGUUACAUUUGUUGGAUCGAUGACAACUUGUAG